AAGAGGGUCAACUCUAUUGUCACGGCGGCCGAUAUGGCGGCUCUUUUCAUGGCGGCCAACUCGGCGGCCAAGCGGAUAUCCGGCGGCAAGGUCAGGAUCCUGCCGGAUUCCGAAGGCGGCAGGGAAGAGGUGGGUGCGGCGGCGGAGGAAAGUGGGUCGAGAUUGAGUUUGGAGGGAGUUGAUGAGGUGUUCGCGUCGCCGGAGUUCAAGUUUAGGUUAUCUGUGUGCCGGUCAAGGAAGCCGGGGUUGGAGACAAUUACAGAAGAGCCCAUUCGUUCAAGAUAAGUACAAUAUCUAUAUAUAUAUACAUAUAUAGAUGUGUUUGUUUGUAAUUGUAGGUUAAUUAAUUUAUCUGACAGUUCUAUUAAUUGAAUUUGCUCUCAAACUUUUUGCAUGGAGAGGAAUUAAUUAUUGGUUGCUGAUUUCCUUUGGAUUUGGGAAGAAUUUUAUUUACGAUUUUGGUGUGUAAUCACCAACCCCUGUAAAAAGUUGAUAAAAUUA